UUAGAUCCCAGUACUUACUCCCAGAAGCAAGCUUUGCUUUUUUUCACCCAACGUCGGAAUUCUUCGCCAAAUUUGAAGGAUAUCCUUCUCCUUAAUUUUCUGCCAAACAUGUCUGGUUUUAUAAUGAAUCUGCAUCUAAUUGUAACCAUAGUGUUAGUCAUAUUCCUAAUGUCUGCGCGCUCCAUGCGUUUCGACCUCCGUUCGGGGGCCACAAAAUGCAUAUCGGAGGACAUUAAGAGCAAGGCAAUGAGCGUGGGCAAGUACAGCGUCGUCAAUCCCAACGAAGGCUUUCCUGUCCCUGAUUCCCACAAGAUCACCGUCAGGGUCAAUUCGCCUCAUGGUGUUAAGUACCACCAUGGGGAUCACGUGGAAGCGGGUAAUUUUGCGUUUACUGGGGCUGAGCCUGGUGAUUAUACAGCUUGUUUUUGGGCGCCUGAUCGUAAGCCCCCGGUGACAGUGGGGGUUGAUUUUGAUUGGAGAACUGGAGUUGCUGCGACAGACUGGUCCAACGUUGCUAAGAAAGGGCAGAUUGAAGUGAUGGAACUUGAGUUGAAGAAAUUGCAUGCAACUGUCGUAUCCAUUCACGAUGAGAUGUUUUAUCUUCGUGAGAGGGAGGAAGAAAUGCAACUACUUAAUAGAGCAACCAACACUAAGAUGGCUACUUUUAGUUUCCUCUCGCUUGUGGUUUGCAUGUCAGUAGCCGUUUUGCAGCUAUGGCAUCUGAAGACAUUCUUUGAGAGAAAGAAGCUCCUCUAGAUCUAAUUUAACAACCAAUUACUGUUCUUUUCUUUAUUAUUAAUCUCUCAUGGGCUAUAUAUUAUCACCAAUUCAUUGGUUGGACUAUUCGUACUUCUUACAAAGUAGUUUUUAAACAAUUCUCGGCAAUUUAUCGAA